AUGAAGAUAUCUCAGAAAUCCAAGAAACCGACAGCUCCGCAUCCGCAGGUCGCCGAACUCAUCUCGAAACUCCUCAACACACCUAACGAUGAUCUUGCCGAUGCCCUUGCAGAAAUUGACGUAUGGAAAUGGCCACGAUCUGAUCUGAACGCGUGGACCAAGGUCCUGGACAAAUUUGACGAGAUUCUCGAAGAGGUGAUCAGGGACUGGGAUCUCCAGAAGCUGCAAGUGAACGUUUUCACUCCCUUAACGAAGAGUCUCAUCUGUGAAAUCCUCAAAUUUGAGAGGCUUCUCCUGGAGAACUCGACAAACCGCAAGACGUUCAACUCCUAUGACAGGUUGAACGAUCUCCUCUUUACCUCUGACUUGGACGUCCUCAUACUAGCACUCAACCUUCUUCUCCGUCCAUCUCAGCAGUACUCGGCCCAACCGGCCGUUUCGCAUGCACUCAACAUAUCGACACCAAGGCUUCAAUCCCUGGCAAAGCGCUGGUCGGGUCUUCGGGAAUACGGUGUAACUCUCUUCGAUCUGGCUCGCCCAAAUAACACCGCUCAGCUUGACGUACUUCCGGCAGACGCCCGAGAAGUAAACUUCGUCUACUACAAGACAGGCGCUCCCUCUAAAGAUGCCAACGAGGCUAAAGCGGAAUCUACUGAUGUAUUCGACGCACCCCCUACCACUCCCCGCAAACCGUCAUCCGUACCCUCCGGCUCGAGCACCGGCGCUGUCACAAUCCAUGUUGAUGAGCGAAUUAUAAGAGAGAAAGAAGUGACAGAGAUCGUUGCAGAUGUCUUGGAAGCUCACACCUUGUCCAGUGACGACAAGUUCGAGCUUAUCUGUCGCACGCGAUGUGCUCAAGCUCUUUUCCCAGAGAAUAAUCUCAUGAGAGAGAAACUCAUCAUUGUACGACUUCUUGCAAUUGCGAUCUAUGGGCACACGCACAACGAAUCUCAAGCAUCCUCUGCACUGUUCCUGUAUGAACCUGAUCUUCCCAUGCAUGUGGCCGAGCUUCUGCAGCUUGACCAAAACAUCUCGGUUCCAAUUCAGACCUCCGCGGUGGCAGCCGUGGACGCGCUAGCCCGGUACAGAGGCAAGGUGCAAGAGGUGUUGACUGCAGUGAAUGCGGGGGUGGCUCAUGGAACUCUGAUGGCUCUACUGAGAAAUACAAUCGUGGAGACGAGCAACCCAGAGUCAAAGCUUCCUCAUUCCUUUGUGGACGCUUUACUAUCUUUCGUCACGUUUCUGGCGUCCCAUGGUGCCGGAGGCAACAUGGUCGUUGGGGCGGGCCUCAUUCCCCUUCUCGUCCAGGUCAUUGAGAAUAGACUAGUCCAAAGACUUCCGAUGGUGUCCAAAGCCAUGCAACUAGUCGACAACGUUCUUUAUGGCUUUGCAAACGCUUUUCAGCUAUUCGCAAACGCACGCGGCGUCGAUGUGUUAGUCGGGAGGAUUCAGCAUGAAGUCGACUUCGACAUCAACAUGUAUGGGAAUGAGAUCAAAUCACGCGAGGUGUUUGGUUCUUACGGCGAGCUUCCCGUGGCCCGAGCAGCGGUUCUCAAACAUACUUUGAGGUCGCUCCAUCGUAUGAUGCAAUCCUCCGGCACUUCGGAAGGCCUGCGAGGGCUCAUCGACUCCUCCGUCCUGGCGUCAGUAAAGAAGGUCGUACAGUAUCGCGGACUCUUCGGGCCCAGCGUUCUGCCAAUAGCGAUCAACAUCAUGGCGACAUUCGUUCACAAUGAACCGACGUGCUUGCCUACAAUUCAGGAAGCAGGACUCCCGCUGGUAUUUUACAAGGCGAUUGAGGAUGGUAUAGAGCCCGUCAUUGAAGUAGUUCAGUCUAUCCCCAACGCCAUUGGGGCGUUGUGCCUCAAUCAGGCAGGGCAAGAUCAACUAGCAGCCAGGCCCAGCAUCAUCCCGGGCAUUUUGUCCAUAUAUACUUCUGAACGUCACCUCAAGAUGCUGAAGGAUAAGGAGAACGCUGCCAUGGUCGGAACUGCGAUUGACGAAUUAAUUCGUCAUCAUCCAUCUCUAAAGACUGCAGUUUUUGAGUCCAUCAAAGCAACCAUGACGAAGAUUGAGACACUAGGGGAGGCCUAUGAAGUACCAGAAAACAUGAAGGAGUGGUAUGGGCUAUGCCACACUGAGAAGGCAGCGCCUAUGGAAGAUGUUGUGACCACUGGAGACGUUGGCAUAGCUCCUGCAACAGGUGGGCCCACCACCGGAGAUGAGGUCUCGGCGGAGGAGUCUGCCCCGUCCAAGGAUCACGACAACAUCAUCAUCUCAUUCUUCGAUGUCUUUUGUCGUUUCUUGGAAGGUUUCUUUCAACAUUCAUCGCACUGCAAAGAUUUCAUCCGGCAAGCGGAUGGUCUUGAGCGCAUCGGCAGGAUGACAGCCCUGCCAUGUUUACCUUACGAUUUUGCCAAUAGCAUUGCAUCAGACUCGCUGAUACAAGUCUUGCGGCUCAUGGUGGAAGUCGGUCCUAAUGAAGCGCUGUUCUAUUUUUCCAAGCUCCUCGCGACUUCAUUGGCUGAGACCCAGCCGUUCUGGGGUUCGCUAGGACCUGACUCGAAGCUUGCACGAUGGCUGGAAGUAUCUGAGGAUCAUAUUAGCGAAGGAAACUAUCAGUUCCGAAGUCUUGUUAUCCUGCACAUUCGCACAACCCUCGUUGCUGACAUCUUUCUUGCUCCUGGGUAUACACAUGGACGAGGCGCGAUGGGAUUGCUUCAAACUCUCAUGAGUGAUCCCCCGAAACUCGUUACUGACCUUGGGGCAUUGCACCGCGCUUGCGUUUGGGAAAACAUUCUGCUCAAAGAUACUUUAUCGUCCCAGGGAAUAAGCACAGGAUCAAAUAGCCAUUCGCUCGGUGGCUCACCAACUCAGGAUAUUUUGGGCUUGCCGGACGCGGAACACACUGCUCCAGCUACCAAUGGCAUCCGCUCGGACUCCAAUGACUCUCCUGAAGAUUCUGGAUCAUCUUCAAAGAGGAGUACUCCCCGAGAGAAAAACGCCAAAGCGUUGAAGCAUCUGACACAUGGCCUUCCUAGCAUCCUGUCGCCUUUCUUUCAGUCCAUUGCAAAGAUGUUCUAUGCGAGACGAAAUCCUGACCCAGUCCAGAAAAAGCAAAUCCUCAACGCGUCAUCCGUCGUCGCCAACAUCAUGGUCGAACAUCUGAGGCAGGAAGUCCCAGGCAACAACAUUCAGCGCUAUGACUACUAUAGUGUGAUGCUAGGGUUGGUAACUAUUCUCUUGGUAGAUGAACGAACCGUCCAGAGUACACUUCACACCGCCCUCCUUUUCUCGUUCCACAAAAUUGGCGGUGUCGACAUGACUCUUGAUGUCGCAGGGAAGUUUACGGACGUCAUCGAUCAAGUAACACGCACGGACGCACAGGAACACGGCGAGGUAGCGCAGCAAGAACUCACACGUGCUCAAGGCGGCCUCAAAGUUGCCUUACAUCUCAUACACCCUCUCAUUUCUGCCCAACCGCUCUUCGAAUCGGGGCAGACACUUCUUGUCAUGACACGGGAAAAGAAAGAAACGGAUGCAGACUACUUUGAAUCGCAUCAUUUCCUCGUUCAGCUCCGCCUUGCUUGUGCACCCUUUUUGCAACGUGUCUGGGAGGCUCCGUGGAUAUUAUCAUGUCCUCUGCCCCUCGUGAAGACAACUGUUCAAGCGAUCCUCGAGCUCACUAGUGCAGAGAAUGAAGAGGUCAAAGGGGACGUAGCUAGCAGUGGGGCCACUGGAACCCUCAUGAACGCCGGUGGACUUCCCAUCAGACCGCCUGCUGGUCCUGAUGAGAACCGCAUUCGACAACUCACAGACAUGGGUUUUCCUCGCUCAGCUGCCGAACGUGCUCUUGUUCGUACUCACAAUAAUGUCAAUGCUGCGACUGAACUUCUCCUGGCUCAUCCAUUUCCUAUCCCUCCGGAUCCUGAAACCGAACAAACCGACACUCCAGCUGAGGAGACAGCCCAACAAGCUUCGGAUGCCUCUCCUGAAACUCCCGCUGAGACGAUUGACACGGGUCCUGCGGCUGCAAGCACAUCAAAUGAGGACCCUAUGGACAGUGAGGGGGCUGAUCGACCGUCCGAACCAUCUCCGCAAGGGAAGUCGCUUGAGGUAUGGCGCAAUGAACUGCAAGCAGCCCGGGCUCCUAUCUUAGACGGCCUCUGUCAGCGCUCGCUGCAGUUGGUGGACAAUUUCCCUUCGCUGAUAUUUGAUGUAUACCACACCUUCCUCCAGGCAACCGGAGAACGUCAGACGAAAGCUAUGAAGGAGCUGGCCGAAGACAUUGGAUUCCACACUACUUCCCAUGAUGGCAAGGAAGAGGCUCUGGCUGUCCGCUGCCGUGUGUUGGCCCUUGUUCUUUCCGAGUCCCCUUCCCUUGCAGACCCGUUAGCAGAAGAUUUAAUGACGAAGCUGAUUUUACUGUUGGAAUCGUACCCAGUUGAUGCAGAGCAACCAAAUGUUCCCAAGUGGCUGGCCGCCCACCUCCUCGUCACCGAAAUGCUUCUUAGUGUUGGUCAGCAACCCUCAAACGUCGCAGUGCCUAGCGAAGGUGAACCCAUCAAUGCAUCCGAAAUACUGGCUGGUCCAUUGUACCCCGAAGCUCGACCAACAAUAUUUAGCUAUUGUCUGCGGCUCCUUGCAGUACCUGAUCUGCCCCGUGAUGAAUUGCUCUCGACUCUUCGUAUUCUUGUCGUUGUCACACAAGACCACGACACCGCCUCUCAACUGGUCGAACAGGACGUCAUAUCCUCACUUUUCUCUCGUUUACGAGGAUCUUGUACCACUGGAAGCCAGUCUUACGUUGCCAUCAUCCUUCGACACAUCGCGGAGGACCCAGGGACGGUCCGGAGCAUCAUGACCCAGGAGAUCAAGCGGUUCUUCUCUCAGCCGCGUACUCAUGUAAUCGACGUUCAUGGAUUCCUGAGGCAUUGCAGUAGUUUGGCUCUCCGUGACCCCACCAUUUUCGUCCAGGCAACGCGCUCUCUUUGCCAGCUGCAACAGCCACACUCCAGCACUCAUCACAUCAUGCUCAAACCGGAGGUAGCCAAAGAGAAUGAAAAGGCUUCAGCAUCAGUAUCUGCAAAGGCGUCCGAUGGUAUGGCAUUGGAUCCACCGGCCACCAUCGCUCUUUCAACCCAGCCAUCCACUGAAAUGCUGGAAAGUCUAGUUCACUUCGUCAUCAACGAGCUGAUAAAAAGCUUAAAGUCUGCACCUGAGUCCAUACUUGCCGGCACAGAACCUCCUAAAGCCCAGGCUAAUUCUACUACUCCAGUCCCCACCUCUACCCGAGAGACUCACCCAUCCCCUGACGCCACUUCAAACAUCUCUUCUGAACAAGAUGCUUACUCCUGCUUUUUGAUGCAAUGCCUCACUGAGCUCCUGUUCUCUUACGAUGCCUGCAAGGCAGCCUUCCUUUCGUUCUCCCCAAAGAAACGGCAACAAACAUCGGCAAAAGAGAGUGGGAAACCCAGAACAGCUGCUCUCCAGUUCUUGCUUUCCGAACUUAUUACCUUUGGCGCUGUGGAUCCAUCAGCUGAAUCAUCCAACAAGGGCAAAGCGACUCUCUGCGGCUGGGCCAUGUCUGUUAUCGUCGCCCUGUGCAUUGAUACAUCCUUAGGGGCCGAUUCCAAAGAAUUGUCUAAUGAGCUGGUGUCCAUCCGCAAAUUUGUCUUGGACUCCAUCAACCGCGCCAUCAAGGAGUUACCUUCUUCCGAGUCCUUGGAUGCACGCUAUGGCCGUCUUUUAGCGUUAUCUGAUCUUUGUAGUCGGCUACUGACUGUCCGCUUCUCUGCUCACGAUCGCAAACCUAUGGACGAAAACUCAACACACGUAGCCAAGAUCAUGCUCGAGAAGAAUUUCGUAGCCACUCUAACCAAUGCCUUGGCUGAGGUGGACCUCAACUAUCCUCACGUACGAAGCCUCGUGGCCGCCAUUCUCAAGCCACUGGAAAAUCUAACGAGGAUUGCGAUCAAGAUGAGCAGGGCAUCGGAGAAAAGCAAGGAGCUCCAUGCAGAGAAGAAUGAAAGUGAAGGCUCCAUCACGGAAGAGGAAGAGGAUGAAGACGACAUCGAAGAUUCUGAUCGAGAGGAAAUGCCUGAUCUCUAUCGAAACUCUGCUCUUGGGAUGUACGGAGGUGAAAUGGAUGACGGGGCGUACUCUCCUGAUGAUGAGAUGGAUGAAGACGAGGACGUGGAUGAAGAAGACGUUGAGAUGGAUUUCGAAGACGAAACGGGCAGUGAUGCAACCUCGGAGUCAGAAGAUAUCGAGGAUGAAGGGGAUCCUGAAACAAUGGAGGAUGAAGCCCAUGGAUCGGAAGAUUGGCAUGACGAAGACGAGUUCGAUGAGGAUGAAGCGGAUGAUUUGAUUGAGAAUAAUGAAGAAGAAGUUGUGGAAGACGUAGCUGAAGGGGAAGUCGACCCCGACGGAGAGAUGAUGUGGCAGGAUGAAGACGACGGUGGCGACGGAGACGAGCCAGAAGGCGAAGAAGAUGGUAUUGAACCCAUCGCGGUGGUCCACGCAGAUCGGGAAGAAGAACAAGAUAUCCUAUCAGACGAAGAAGACUAUGAUGCCGAAAUGGGUGUCAUUGACGUUCGGGACACAGGAGUUCCUGAUGCUGAAAAUAUGUUCACGUUCGUCGAACAGUUCCCUGGUGAUAGCGUACAAGGCCAUCUGCGAGAUCAACCAUUCUUCUCCCGCCGUUUCCGUCCUGCAGCCCCAGAUGAUGUCCAAAUAUUCGGUCGCCCAAGACCCGGCGGACCCCCAGCUUCUGAGAACACGGUUCAUCCAUUGUUGAUGGAUGCAUCGUCAGCUCCCCUGCGGUCCUCAGCUAACCUCUCCCGGGGUGGACGUCGACCGCGUGCUGCCGGCGCUCACGAUGAGUUGAUCCAGACAAUAGAAGAGAUCAUGGGUGAUGGAGCCGGGCACCUGUUCCAGCACCUUAUCAGUCGCGCUGGAGUCAAUCCCGAAGUUCUCCGCGUAGAUGUUGGUGCCGGAAACAUGGCUAAUCUGGAGCGUAGCGUGCUUCAGCGGCGCGGCGGAGGCCUUUUCUCUAACGCUGUGCGAGCCGAACGACCACAGCGUCAAGGAGACUCAAAAUCGGAAAGCGGUGGGUUCGAUCCUCUUUUGACUGUCCAAAGAUGGGCGGAGGAGUCGAAGAUCAUACAUGGAAAUCACGUCGCAGAGCGGGCAGGAAAACUUGCAAACCACAUCAUCAUAGCACUCCUUCCUGCCGCUUUACAAGCCCAAAAAGAGCGGGAAGAGCGGCAGCAGGCUCAACGAAAGGCGGAGGAGGAGGAGGACCGAAAGGUAGAGGAGGCUGACGCCCAGAAGCCAGAAAGCAGGCGAGUCGAAGAAGAACAAGAAGUCGCUCCUGAACAAACGCACGAAGCCUCCACUGAUGCACCGCCUGAUUCGAGCAGUCCGCAAACACCAUUGCAGCUGGAUGUCCCUUCUGAGUCACAGCCAGCGGACCCAAUUUCCAGCACCGACGUUGAAAUGGCUGACGUGCAAACACAAAAUGCCGCCAGUCCAGUUCCGGCGUCAAGCGCUGAGCAAGCUCCAUCGGAGGCGGACCGUUCGAGCGACCAACUCCAAGAGGCGGAAAGCGGCCCGUCACAGUCGGAAGCUGUGGAACGCGUCACCGUCAUGGUCCAUGGUAGUUCUGUCGACAUAACUGACAUGGGGAUUGAUCCUACCUUCUUGGAGGCUUUGCCAGAUGACAUUAGGGAGGAGGUUAUCAAUCAGCAUGUUCGAGACCAACGUGCGGCAGCUGUUGAACGUCCUUCCGAGUCUCAAAUUAGCCCCGAGUUCUUGGAUGCGUUGCCGCCAGAUAUUCGUGCCGAGCUUAUACAACAAGAGAGAAUGGAGCAAGCUCGCCGUGCACCUGCUGAAGCAGACACAGGGAAUCCGCCUGACACAGGCGAAGAAAUGGACCCAGCGAGCUUCAUUGCAAGCCUGGAGCCUCCCCUCCGCCAGGUUGUCCUGCUCGACUCUGACGACGGAUUCAUUCAGACGCUUCCAUCGUACAUGAUAGCCGAGGCAGGUGCCUACCGGGAGGAAGCAAAUGGUCCACGAAGGCAAUACACUGUUCGAACGGCUCCGGGUCGUGGGGAUGCGCCUCGGGCUUCAAGUUCUAAGAAGCCGCCGCCGCCGCGGGACGCCAUACAGCUACUGGACAAAUCGGGGGUCGCGACUCUCGUACGGCUCCUCUUCUUCCCUCAAGUGACGAAGAAGAAUAUCUUGUUUAAGGUCCUGGUCAAUAUCUGCGAGAACUCCAAAACAAGGGCCGAGUUGUUCAACCUUCUGCUCAGUGUCUUGCAGAGUGGCCCCGGCGAUCUGGCAGCGGUGGACAGGAGUUUUGCGCAGAUGACCACACGUACAGCCAAAUCUCCUCUCCAAACUCCCAAAGCCGCAGGCAAACAAAAGGCUCCCGAAUUCCUUGCCACCAUGGGGGCGGGAUCACGGAGUGAGGACGUUCCUGACCUUGUCGCUCAACGUUCUGUGGAAGCACUCACAUACAUUGUCAAUGCCAACGAGCUGUCUUCUUUAUUCUUCUUAACGGAGCAUGAAUUGCCCUACGCUCUUCGCAAGACCACAAAGAAAGGCAAGGGCAAAGAGAAACAACUUCCUCAAACGCACUACCCCAUCGUUCUUCUACUUGGUCUCCUCGAUCGACAGUCUCUCCUCAAGACGACAACGACGAUGGAUUCUGUAGUGACACUCCUCUCAACAGUUACCAAGCCACUUGUUGGGCUUAAAGAUGUGAAGAAAGACAUAGAACCGCCUGCAUCGGUACCGGUACCGGCAUCAAACCUAGAGAACACCCCAGCUACCACGGCUACUCCCAUGGAAUCCUCUAUGCCAAGUCAAGAGCAAUCAGCCCGCACGGACACCGUUGGUGGAAAUGCUGCGAGCACAACUGAUGACAAGGUCGUUCUACAAAAUCCACCGCAAAUCCCUCAUUCGGUGCUGCGUCUCAUAGUUAAUAUUCUCACCAUUGGGGAAUGCUCUUCACGCACCUUCCAGCAGAGUCUUACCCUGAUUUCCAAUUUAUCCUACAUCCCGGAUGGAAGGGAUGUCAUCGCUCAGGAACUCAAAGUCAAGGCGCAGGAAUGUGGUCACAAUAUCUUCUUGGAUCUCAACGAACUCAUGGCCAGCUUGAAGACUCCCGAGGAUGUGCUGGCUUCAUCAAUAACCUCCAAGUUUUCGUCUCCGUCCUCAGAUCAAGCUAAACUGCUGAGAGUCCUAAAGACCAUCGAUUACAUGUACACUCCGCGUGUCCUAUCUCAAGAUGAUGUCCGGUCCAGUGAAGAUGCGGAAAAGGCCCAAAGCAUUUACGAGUCAUUCAAUUUCACGACUCUUUGGCGACGGUUAGGAGACUGCCUAGCGGCAAUUGAGGAGCGUCCCGAGAUCGAACACAUAGCUACAGUCCUUUUGCCCCUCAUCGAAUCCCUCAUGGUAGUUUGCAAGCAUGUCGGUUCCAAGCCAAUAUCGGGCUCGAACGCUCGCACUAUUCGGCCCCCCGCCACUCCCAUGUCACCGACAACCCCAAAGGAAACCAUGGAGGAUCUCUUCGUAUCUUUCACAGACGCUCAUCGAAAAAUCCUCAACUCAAUGGUUCGCACAACUCCUUCCCUUAUGAGUGGAUCAUUCUCUUUGCUGGUUCAAAAUCCUCGAAUACUGGACUUCGAUAACAAGCGGAACUACUUCACCCAGCAAGUUCACCGACGGCCACGAUCUCGGGAGCAUCACUCAACUCUACAAUUAAAUGUCCGACGGGCACGCGUCUUUGAGGAUAGUUUCCAGCAGUUCCACAGCAAAGAUGGCGAACGGAUCAAGCAUGCCAAGCUCAACGUUCGUUUCUACGACGAGGAAGGUGUCGAUGCUGGUGGUGUCACACGAGAGUGGUUUCAGAUACUCGCGCGUCAGAUGUUCGACCCCAAUAACGCGCUGUUCCAGCCUUGUGCAGCAGACAGGCUCACGUACCAGCCAAACAAGAACUCAUGGGUGAACCCUGAGCAUCUCUCGUUUUUCAAAUUCGUCGGUCGGGUCAUUGGCAAGGCCAUUUACGAUGGAAGGCUACUAGAUGCAUAUUUCGCCAAGAGCAUCUACAGGCAACUCCUUGGCAAGCCAGUGGAUUACAGAGAUGUUGAAUGGGUGGAUCCCGAGUACUACAACUCACUCUGCUGGAUUUUGGAGAAUGAUCCUACUCCUUUGGAGCUGACUUUCAGUUUUGGACGCAAUCGCAUUUUCCCCCUCAAAGAAGGUGGUGAGCAGAUCUCCGUAACAAAUGAGAACAAGCGGGAGUUUGUCCAGCUCUCGGCCAGCUUUCGGCUUUAUUCGUCGAUCAAGGAGCAGAUUGAGCACCUUGUCUCAGGAUUCCAUGAUAUCAUUCCGAAGGACCUAGUGAACAUCUUUAACGAAAAGGAACUGGAACUUCUGAUCUCUGGAACCCCGGACAUCGACGUCGAUGAAUGGAGAGCUGCUACGGAGUACAACGGAUACACAAGCUCCGAUCCUGUGAUUGUUUGGUGGUGGCGAGCGCUGAAGUCAUUCAACCGCGAAGAGCGUGCGAAGGUUCUGAGCUUCGCGACUGGUACUUCUCGAGUCCCGCUUGGAGGUUUCGUCGAUCUUCAAGGCGUACAAGGUGUUCAAAGGUUCUCAAUCCAUCGGGCAUAUGGCGAUCCCGACCGCCUUCCGCAGGCCCACACAUGCUUCAAUCAAAUUGAUCUACCCCAGUACUCUUCUUAUGAGAUGCUUCGACAGCAGUUGAUGUUGGCUAUCAGCGAGGGGGGCGAAGGGUUUGGAUUUGCAUGA